AUGAAUGAUGAUAAUAAAGAACAAUUUAGUGAAAACAAAAUUUUAUUAGUUAUAUCUCAUCCUGAUGAUGAAUGUAUGUUUUUUGGUCCCACUUUACUGUCCUUGCAAAAUAGAAAAAAUCAAAUUCAUGUAUUAUGUUUAUCAAUAGGAAAUGAAUCGGGAUUGGGGGAGUUACGAAAGAAAGAACUGGAGCGUAGUUGUAUUACGCUUGGGAUUGAAGUCGGAAAUGUUUAUGUUAUUGAUCAUCCGUUAUUACAAGACGGUCUAAAUAAUAAUUGGGACCCUUCUUUAAUAUCUGACAUAAUAAACGAUUAUGUAACAACUCAUCGAAUUGACACUAUUAUAACUUUUGAUGAGAAGGGGGUUUCUUCACAUCCAAAUCAUAUAGCUGCGUUUAAAGGUGCUAGGUAA